CCAUUUCAUGCUUCUCGGACUCCAAAAAUGUACCAAAACAGUCACCCGGGUCCGUAUCGGCUUCCACCACUUGGAUGCUUAGAAUAGGCUUUGUAUCUUCAAGUAUGGACAAGCUCUGUUGAGAUUGAUUACCCCCUGUAUAAAUACUUCCAGGUUGUCCUUAAAUCUCUUAAUUUGAGCUCUUGUGAUUGGCCUAGUCUUCAUCCGUGUCGAGUCAGCACCCCAGCGGGUUAUCGGUUGAGCGGGCUCGGGCGGAAUCACAUCAUUAAGGAUUGAGCUGUUAAAAUAGCCAACAUUAUUCACCAUCAUCAUUAGACAAAGCAUCCUAUCUGAGCUUGGCUGAUACUGCUUUUGUAGACCAUUUCUUAGACCCGACCCAUGGCUGAGAUUUAUACUAUAUCUAUGCCUACUGGGAUGAUUCAGUUCAGCAAUGUAGAACAUUGCAAUGCACAAUGGAAAAAGUUGUUAAUGAAAGGCAUGUCAUUGUUGAUGGAAGUUUGGGAGGCCUUGCAGAAGCUUAAACCUAGAUUUGAAGGCACUUUGACUAUAAGAGGCUCUGAAACAGCAUUCUCGUACAUUGAAGAGAUGCUACAAGAAGAGCAACGAGAUUUACAGGCUUGUCUUAUAUUAUCUGACUCCUUUAUUCAGUUUAACUAUUUUAGUUUGAAUAUAAAUUACAUAUAACAAACUCUCUGCGAUAUCCUUUCAGCUAGUUCUUGACUCAGAUCAGGCCAUUCAUGAAGUUUUCAGUGUAAAUAAAUUGUUGUGGGAGCUUCUACUUGAAAGCUGUGUUUGGGAAUGACGCAUAAGUUCGUUGUUAUCUCUAAAUCCUGCCUUAGAUGCAGAGGGAUGGUUUUGGGCACCCUUUGCCGAAAUUAAAGGGAGAAACAUGAAGGAUUUCAAGAAAUUUGGAGAUAUCAGGAGCCACAGUGCAGAAUAUCUCCCAACAAACAUUGAGUUCAUCACCAGAGAAUUAAAAAGGGUUCGUGUUUCCUUUACCAGUGGAGAAGAGAGGCAUAUUGCUGCUGUUUUCAAGGAUGAGCUGACGAGCAUUGUUGCAUGUGCAUUGGCAUUUCUGAAGGAUCGUCCUCUUGAAGAUAACCCUCUUGGAGUUAACAUUGCGGAUGAUAACGUGGCUGUGCAAUCUGAGGCGUGUUUUGGCAAUUUCAGUCUACCACUUCAGUUAUUCUCAGAUCGAUCUUCAGGUUCUGAUUCAGAACCCCUUAUUACAGGUACUAUAGUAGAAGAUUGUUUGGAUGGGUUAAGUUCAUUGAGAUCUAGUGUUACAACUGGAACCCAACACCCACGUAUACGCCUUGCAUUUGGAGAAAAAGAAGAAUAUACCGUUAGAUGCCCCUAUGCCAAGCAGUUUAGAGAGCUUCGAAGUCGGUGCUGCUCUUCAGAAGUUGAUUUCAUAGCCUCAUUAAGUCACUGUACUGAAUGGGAUGCUGAAGGUGGCAAAAGCAAAGCUUUUUUUGCAAAAACACUUGAUGAGAGGUUGAUUUUGAAAGGAAUUCAUAGGAAUGAAUAUAAUUCAUUCCUUAACUUCGCAAAUGCUUAUUUUGAUUAUAUGACGAAUGUGAACGAGGAAAAUCAGAGCUGCCUAGCUAGAGUUCUAGGCAUUUAUCAGGUGAUUGAUAAUGUGAAAAAUUUGAGCCACCUUCUGAUCGUAAUGGAGAAUUUGAGCUGGCAUCGGAAUUUUUCUGAGCAAUAUGAUCUGAAGGGUAUUGAUAUUAAAUAGUGGUAUGUUGACGUUAAAAAGCGGCACAUCGAAUCUGAAGCAGGCAUUGUUUCAGGCAUUGUUCUUUUGGACAAAAACUUUGUUGAAAGGAUGACUGAACGUCCAAAAUUUCUAAGCAAUGAUUUGAGGGAAGCUUUGGUUAGAGCUCUCGAAAAUGACACAACCUUCCUCCGUACGGUCGAGGUUAUGGACUAGUUGCUCAUGGGAGUGGACGAUCAGCGGCGAGAGUUUGUUUGUGGCAUCAUUGAUUUUUUUGGACCGUACACACAGUUCAAAUUCCUAGAGUCAUGGUGCAAGUCUUGUUUUCGAGUGCCAACCAUUUUGCACCCACAGCAGUACAGCCAAAGAUUCUUCAAGUUCAUGAGACAGCAUUUCUUGGCCAUGCCUACUUCUUAGAUCACCCUGGUGCCCGAAGAAAACCUCACAAUGGAAAGUUGAAGUUUGUUGGCAGUAACAAAAUAGUUAAUUAGGAAAGCAAAAGCGUUUAGGAGGGGCAUUGAAUGUAAAUAGAACUGAUAUUUCAUGAAAAUGUAUAGAAUGACAACAUGGUGAAAUUGGUACACCUCGUGGUUUUUGGAUUUGAUCUGUUGCGGUGUUGAAUGUUUCUUUCUGCUGGGCAAUGAGUAAUUUUU